AGCUGAUCAGAAAAGGUAGGACAGUAGUCAGAAGUGCUUACAAACAUAACCCAGACUGACAGAGGGACACGAAGAGUUACAGAGGGUGAAAGGCAGUAUGUACCCAGAGGGGCUUCAUCAGCACUGUGAGAGGUGUUACAGCCUCCACUGCCAAGCCCCCGUGAACACCUCUGUCUCCUGUGUGGUCAUUAAGUGUCAUCUACAUUGUGGCGCUGCCUUCCAUAAGUGUAAGGAGGAGGAGCACCAGUUACUAUGUCCCAAUGAGAUGGUCCCCUGCCUCAACGUUGACUACGGCUGUCCCUUCACCAUGCUCCGCCACAGGCUAGCCAAGCACCUGGAGGUCUGUCCCGCUAGCACUGUCAUCUGCUCCCAGCAAUGGAUCCGCUUCCCAGUGCCAGACACAGACUCUUCCAUCUACAGGACCACCCUGGCUGACCCUGAGAAGCAGCUGAACGUGUCCAUGGCCCUGAGAGACCAGGAGCUCCUCUUCAGAUGCCUCAAGAUGAAGACCGUCUUCCCUGAGCUGAUGGAGAAGGUGAAAGCAGAACCUGCUCAGAAAGAGAUAGAUGUAGGGGUCACCAGCUCUGCAGGUGAAGGUUGUAGUUCGUUAGACCCCAGUGAAGCAAUGGAGGAUGGAUAUAACGGUUAUGGAGAUGGGAUGGGACAGGAGAAGGAACUGAGUCAGGAAGAGAGGGAGGCCUUGGCCAAGAACAUGGACGGGGCCACUCUCCAGAACUACAGCUCCUAUGAGGCCAAGUACAGAAAGGAGAUGAAGGGAUGCCAACAAACCGUCAAAAACAUGGAAAAGAAGUUGAAUCCCGGUGAUGGUGAAGAAGAGAAAGCAUUUAGCUUGUCAAAUGGUCAUAGAGAGCUGGAUGGGGAUGAAUCAUCCAAGGAGUGCCAGGAGAAUGGAGCCACUGCACGUGCUGUAGACGUCACCGGGUCUGGCCUUGCACCGUGGCAGGACGGGGUCAUGGAGAGACUGCGUAGAGAGGUCACCACUGCAGACUACAACAUGUAUUUGGUACACCAUGGAGCUAUGCUGAUCAACUUCGGUCAGCUUGCCGCCUGCACCCCAAGGGACAAGGACUUUGUUUAUGGAAAGCUGGAGCCCAUAGAGGUUCAAACUGUCCGAACGUUCAACGUUCCCACGAGCUACCGGCCGAAACGGAUUCACAUGCACGACCCUUGGUCACCGAUGGUCAACAAAAGUGUUGACACGUCAGAUCUAGGUGUGUCCGUAGAAGAUCUUCCGAAGUGUGAUGAAGUCAAUGCAACUUUGUUGUGCUUCUUGGAGAAAGAACUGAAGGGUCACAACAUCUCAGAAAGUGGAGGAGCAGACGGCUUCUAUGUACACAUUGGAACACAGACUUACAACAUCCCAUCUGCUCCGUUCAAACCUGAAGCCUCUCUGGCAGACAUCAUCACAGACACACACAAAGGCCUCUAUGUCCAGAUCCAAGCUGAGGACAUAACCAGAAGACACAACUUUACCAACUCUGCUUUUAGUUACCUCUGUGGCCACGUCUUCCGCCGCGAUGAAUACCACACUCACUUCAAGAAUGUGCACUUGGACAUCCAGUCAUGCCUGAACGGCUGGUUCGAGCAGCGCUGCCCUCUAGCGUACCUAGGCUGCAACUACAGCCAGAGGAGGUUCCAUCCUGCAGGUCAGAGAGCCACCGUCACCUACCACCAGGAUCUCAGUACCUUCAGCCUCAAACCAGAGGGCCCCUCAAUGCUGUCCGACUCUGAGAAGACCAUCAGCAUCACCUCUGACAGGACGCAUCCCCGUAAGCUGGACCCGUUGAGCAGACUUCCCUUUGAGAUCCUCCAUCACCUGGCAGGGUUCCUGGACAGCUUUAGCCUGUCUCAGCUGUCCCAGGUGUCCCAGUUGAUGAGGGAGGUGUGUGUCACACUGCUAGAGGAGAGGGGGAUGGUCUAUCUGAAAUGGGAGAAGAAGACCUACUCCCAUGGAGGGUCUUCAUGGAAAUGUAGAAAAAAUGUAUGGGAGUUUAGCAGUCUGUUUUCCAAGGUGGACAGGUGGUGUUUUGACGAUGUCCCCUCCAUGUCUGAGCACCUGAAGGUCUGCCCUUUCUACCAGAGAGAGGAGCUCAGUCAGCCUGUAAAGCUAGCCAGCAUGGAGGGGGCCAGAGAGAGACCCCAGAGCCUACUGGACCUGUCCCCGGAGUAUGACCUGCCUCUAGCAGACCAAUGACAUUAGAAGGAUCUGAGCACUGGCUUUAAAUCCUAACAACAAUUCUCUACUGUUGGGCCUUGGAGCAAGGCACUGCACUGCAGCUUGACCCUGUGCUCCUCUCAACUGUGUGCGUGUGAUGUAUGCUGGGAAAAUGAGCAGAAGACUAAGGUCCCUUAAUAAACCUCGUAGAAAUACGCUGUAAGAGCUUACAAUUAAUCACUGUUACUAAAUUUAUAAAUGUCAAUAAGCAAUUUCUACAAAGUAAUUAAUGCAUUUAUAAACACUAUUUUAAUGAUUUAUAAUUAUUUAUAAACACUAUUUUAAUGAUUUAUAAUUAUUUAUAAACACUAUUUUAAUGAUUUAUAAUUAUUUAUAAACACUAUUUUAAUGAUUUAUAAUUAUUUAUAAACACUAUUUUACAUAAUUUAUAAAUUAUUAAUAAAUACUAUUUUAAUGAUUAAAAAAAAUGUCAAACACUAUUUUACGUAAUUUAUUAAUUAUUAAUAAAUAAUAUUGUACAUGAUUCCUAAUUAUUCAUAAACACCAUUUUAUAUGAUUUAUGAAGUAUUUAUAAACACUAUUAUACAUGAUUUAUAGUAUAAUGAAUACGGUGUAUUAUUAAGAAUGUACCACUAGGGUACUUAUAAACCAGUUAUACAUGAGUUAUUGUCAUCUCAUAUUAAUAAUGUACCACUAGGGUACUUAUAAACCAGUUAUACAUGAUUUAUAGGAUAAUGAAUACAGUGUAUUAUUAAUAAUGUAUCACUAGGGUACUUAUAAACCAGUUAUAAAUGAGUUAUUGUCAUCUCAUAUUAAUAAUGUACCACUAGGGUACUUAUAAACCAGUUAUAAAUGAGUUAUUGUCAUCUCAUAUUAAUAAUGUACCACUAGGGUACUUAUAAACCAGGUAUAAAUUAGUUAUUGUCAUCUCAUAUUAAUAAUGUACCACUAGGGUACUUAUAAACCAGUUAUAAAUGAGUUAUUGUCAUCUCAUAUUAAUAAUGUACCACUAGGGUACUUAUAAACCAGGUAUAAAUUAGUUAUUGUCAUCUCAUAUUAAUAAUGUACCACUAGGGUACUUAUAAACCAGUUAUACAUGAGUUAUUGUCAUCUCAUAUUAAUAAUGUACCACUAGGGUACGUAUAAACCAGGUAUAAAUUAGUUAUUGUCAUCUCAUAUUAAUAAUGUACCACUAGGGUACGUAUAAACCAGGUAUAAAUUAGUUAUUGUCAUCUCAUAUUAAUAAUGUACCACUACGGGUACUUAUAAACCAGGUAUAAAUGAGUUAGUGUCAUCUCAUAUUAAUAAUGUACCACUAGGGGUACUUAUAAACCAGGUAUAAAUUAGUUAUUGUCAUCUCAUAUUAAUAAUGUACCACUAGGGUACGUAUAAACCAGGUAUAAAUUAGUUAUUGUCAUCUCAUAUUAAUAAUGUACCACUACGGGUACGUAUAAACCAGGUAUAAAUUAGUUAUUGUCAUCUCAUAUUAAUAAUGUACCACUAGGGGUACGUAUAAACCAGGUAUAAAUUAGUUAUUGUCAUCUCAUAUUAAUAAUGUACCACUACGGGUACUUAUAAACCAGUUAUAAAUGAGUUAGUGUCAUCUCAUAUUAAUAAUGUACCACUAGGGGUACGUAUAAACCAGGUAUAAAUUAGUUAUUGUCAUCUCAUAUUAAUAAUGUACCACUAGGGUACGUAUAAACCAGGUAUAAAUGAGUUAGUGUCAUCUCAUAUUAAUAAUGUACCACUAGGGUACGUAUAAACCAGGUAUAAAGGGUACUUAUAAACCAGGUAUAAAUGAGUUAGUGUCAUCUCAUAUUAAUAAUGUACCACUAGGGUACGUAUAAACCAGGUAUAAAUGAGUUAUUGUCAUCUCAUAUUAAUAAUGUACCACUAGGGUACUUAUAAACCAGGUAUAAAUGAGUUAGUGUCAUCUCAUAUUAAUAAUGUACCACUACGGGUACGUAUAAACCAGGUAUAAAUGAGUUAGUGUCAUCUCAUAUUAAUAAUGUACCACUACGGGUACGUAUAAACCAGGUAUAAAUUAGUUAGUGUCAUCUCAUAUUAAUAAUGUACCACUAGGGGUACGUAUAAACCAGGUAUAAAUUAGUUAUUGUCAUCUCAUAUUAAUAAUGUACCACUACGGGUACGUAUAAACCAGGUAUAAAUUAGUUAGUGUCAUCUCAUAUUAAUAAUGUACCACUACGGGUACGUAUAAACCAGGUAUAAAUUAGUUAGUGUCAUCUCAUAUUAAUAAUGUACCACUACGGGUACUUAUAAACCAGGUAUAAAUUAGUUAGUGUCAUCUCAUAAGAUUAUUUAUAAAGUAUUUGUUAUUUUAUUUAGUUUGACCUUUAUUUAGUUUGACCUUUAUUUAGUUUGACCUUUAUUUAACUAGGCAAGUCAGUAGAGAACAAAUUCUUAUGAACAGUGGGUUAACUGCCUUGUUCAGGGGGCAUAAUGACAGAUUUUUACCUUGUCAGCUCGGGGAUUCGAUCUUGCAAUCUUUCGGUUACUAGUCCAACACUCUAACAACUAGUCUCCCUGCCCCCCAAGUUAACGGUUGAUUAAUGGUUUGACUCACCAUUUAUACACAUAUUUACUGUAUAUGUGUCAUAAAUGGUAUAUUUAUUGAUUGUUAAUGAGUGCAGUUGUAAAUGUGAGUAUAUGCACUUACUAAUACCUCAGUUGAUAAUUAAUGUAGAGCCUUUUAAACUAUGUACUAACUCUUAAUAAAUUAUUUUAAUCCCCUAAUAACCCUAAAGCGCUGUACACCAGAGGUUGGAACCGGUUCAGGGAUGUCUUUUUCUGAGGAACAGAUUCAGAACCACGGACGAAAGAGAUAUCUAGUGGUCUGGACCGUAAACUUUAUUUUAAAAGUAUGGGAACCGGUUAAUAACAUUAUGUUACGUUCAAUCCAACAAUAAAGACAACAAAGCACACUUUGUCACUCAGAUAUGUAUUUAAGUCUCUAUCUGCCAGCUGAUCUUUGCCAGUGUAUGUGUGUGUGUUGGCAACCUGCCCGUCCCCUUUGAAGCUUAUGCUAAUGUAAAAAGAUUUUUAAUUAGAGAAGAAUGGAUUAACUUUUUCAAUGCUAGUUAGAGAUACUAUAGUUAUUACGUUUUACAAAGAGGUACGACAUGCUAAUUCUGGUGCCACUCUGCACACACACAAUCUUGUUAACUGCCUAGCUAGCUAGCUCUGGUACAACGUUAAGCCAACUUUUGGAAGUUCCGACAUUCAAAGAUCCUCCAUAGAGGCCAACAGAACAGGGACUGUUCGACAAAGCCCAGGCCCAACAAGCUGCAGCUAGUGCCAUUUUGAUGACAACAUCUCUCCAGAUACCCAGCAACAAGAUUCUGCCACGGAAAUGAAAGAGUUUUAUUACAAUCAACAAUGGUUUUGAUAAGCUAUAAACAGAGUUUGAGUCUCUAAAGACAGCACAGGCCGAACUGAAGGGCCGCAUGGACAUAGCCGAUUGUCCAUGUCUGAUCAUGACACCCUGAUAGGAGGCCUGAAAACCCCCUGGGCUCAGCUUAAAAAGAAGAAUGAGCUCACCAAGCCAAGGUUCUCGAUUUAGAAGGCAAGAGUCGCAGGCUGAACAUCAAACUUGUGGAGAUUUUGGAGGACGAAGAACAAGGGAAACCCACAAAGUCUGUGUCCAAGCUAAUUCCCAAGCUCCUGGGUGACGACAACUUCCCAAAGCCCCUCAUUAUUGACCUUGCACACCACUCUCUACAGGUGAAGCCCUCACCAGGUGUCAAGCCAAGCACCAUCAUCUCAAGGGUACAUCACCUUCAGGAUAAGGAACUCAUUCUACGAGAUAUGGAAUACAAAGGCCAAAAGGUUUUCAUCUUCCCCGACUAAACCAUGGUGGUGAUGGAGCAAUGUGAUGCAGACCAUGAGAGAAGUGGAGGUGAAUACAGCCAAGCUACAUGUUCAUCACAACGGCAUAACAAGAGUCUUCACUAAGCUACAUGUUCAUCACAACGGCAUAACAAGAGUCUUCACUAAGCUACAUGUUCAUCACAACGGCAUAACAAGAUUCUUCACCAAGCCCGAAGAGGCUGCAAGCUAUGUAUUAAAAAUACAGAAAACCCCGGGAAGGGAGGAGUCCCUCGACACUGAUUUCUGGGAUAUUGACUGAGUUAACAGGGUUUAUUCAUAAACGGUGACGUAUUCAUUUGUAUUCCAACAAUCGCGGAGAGGGCUAUUAGUUAAGUCUGACUAUUGUUUGCUUGCUAGCGUAGUAUUGGGUCUGUGUUAGCCAUCAUGCCCGGCAGUACUCAUUUACGUGAUAUGGGGAGAACAGUGCUUCAUUUGGGGAAAAAGUGGGGAUGGGCAUGUUUCUCUGGGGAAGCAGUGAGGAGAGCAGGUUUCUCUGGGGAAACAGUAUGGAGAGCAGGUUUCUCUGGGGAAACAGUGGGGAGAGCAGGUUUCUCUGGGGAAACAGUGGGGAGAGCAGGUUUCUCUGGGGAAACAGUGGGGAGAGCAGGUUUCUCUGGGGAACAGUGGGGAGAGCAGGUUUCUCUGGGGAACAGUGGGGAGAGCAGGUUUCUCUGGGGAAACAGUGAGGAGAGCAGGUUUCUCUGGGAAAGCAGUGGGGAGAGCAGGUUUCUCUGGGAAAGCAGUGGGGAGAGCAGGUUUCUCUGGGAAAGCAGUGGGGAGAGCAGGUUUCUCUGGGAAAGCAGUGGGGAGAGCAGGUUUCUCUGGGAAAGCAGUGGGGAGGGAGGGUUUCU